GUUUUUUCUUUAAAAAAUAAAUAAAGAUUAGUUAAUUGAAUAAAAAUGGCAAAAGCAACAACUUGUCGUGAGGCAAUACAAAAAUGGGAAGAAGAAAAUGGAAAACCAGCAAAAGAACAAACUGAAAUGAUACUGUCAUUUCGUUGGCCACCAAUUGACAAAAUGGACAAUGGUUUAUCUCUUCUAUCAAAAGUCGAAAAACUAUCUUUAUCAACAAACAUGAUUGAAAAAAUAUCUGGUCUUGAUUCCCUCAAGAAUUUACGAAUCAUAUCAUUGGGAAGAAAUUAUAUAAAAACUUUCUCAGGACUAGAAGUUGUUGGUGGACAUCUUGAAGAGCUUUGGAUAUCCUACAAUUUAAUUGAAAAAAUAAAAGGAGUCAAUGCCUUUAAAGCUCUCAAAGUACUCUACAUGGGAAAUAAUCUUGUAAAAGAUUGGUCAGAACUUAGCAGACUCCAGGAAAUUCCAAACCUUGAAGAGCUCAUGUUUAUAAAUAAUCCAAUAUGUGAAAAUUUAGAUAACGAAUCAUGGAGAACUCAGGUUAUUCGUAGACUUCCAAAACUUAAAAAACUUGAUGGUGUACCAAUUGUACAUGCUGAAGAAUAAUUUACAAAGAAAAAAAACCAAA